AUCUUUUACGGCUAAAUGUCAAUGGUUUCUCAACUUUGCUAUUUGCAGAUGGAGUCCAUACUUAGGCAUUUGUAUGUUAUGAAUCCUACGGAGUUUGCUAAAGCAAACUGUGAGGGAGAUGAUGUAUUUCUGUGUGAGUAUGAAUAUGAUGUUCAUUGGCACAGUUUCAAGCGCCUUGCGGAGAUUGAUAACAGUGAAGAGGAUGACAGAAAAGCUGGUAGUGAUGAAGAUUGGGAUUUAUGUAAGGAUUCGGGUUCUGAUUCAGAACUGGAAUACGAUGAGAAGAAUGUGAAGGGUUCAUUGCCUAGAAAAUCCCCAGCUCAUGAAUUGGCUGCAAAUUCAAGGAAAGGGCAUAUAUUUGGCCUCCAAAAGAUAGGGGCAAAGAAAAUACCCGAGCAUGUGAGAUGUCACAAGCCAACUGAAAUUGAGAGAGCAAAAGCAGUCCUUCUAUUAUCAAGUUUACCUAAAUCUCUGCCUUGCAGGAAUAAGGAAAUGGAAGAGAUUACUUCAUUUAUAAAAGGUGCCAUCUGUGAAGAUCAGUGUCUUGGACGCUGCUUGUACAUCCAUGGUGUUCCUGGAACUGGCAAGACUAUGAGUGUUCUUGGAGUGAUGAGGAGUUUAAGGGCUGAAGUUGAUGCAGGAAGUAUAAAACCAUAUUGCUUUGUAGAGAUUAAUGGUCUAAAGUUGGCUUCACCAGAGAAUGUUUACAGGGUUGUAUAUGAAGCACUAAGUGGGCACAGGGUUAGUUGGAAAAAGGCUCUCCACCUGCUGAAUGAGAGAUUUUCAGAUGGUAAUAGAACUGGGAAAGAGGACAAUCAACCAUGUAUUCUACUAAUCGAUGAGCUUGAUCUUCUUGUAACCAGAAAUCAGUCGGUUUUGUAUAACAUCCUUGACUGGCCUACAAAGCCACAAUCCAAAUUGGUUGUAAUUGGCAUAGCUAAUACCAUGGAUCUUCCAGAAAAGUUGCUUCCUCGUAUCUCAAGUCGUAUGGGGAUUCAAAGGUUGUGCUUUGGCCCCUAUAAUUAUCAACAGCUGCAAGAAAUCAUUUCAAGUCGUCUGAAAGGCAUUGACGCGUUUGAGAAACAAGCUAUAGAAUUUGCAUCAAGAAAGGUAGCAGCUAUUUCAGGAGAUGCUCGCCGUGCCCUGGAAAUAUGUAGGCGCGCAGCAGAGCUAACAGAUUAUCGGCUCAAGAAAUCAUCCUCUCAUCCUGAUUCUGCUGCCUCAGCAAAAGCCAUCAUCGGCAUGGCUGAUGUUGAAGCAGCCAUUCAGGAAAUGUUCCAGGCACCCCAUAUUCAGGUAAUGAAGAAUUGUUCUAAACUGAGUAAGAUUUUUCUGGUGGCUAUGGUGCAUGAACUCCACAAAACUGGAAUGGCUGAAACAACCUUUGAAGAGUUAGCAACAACGGUUUCCCGUCUCUGUACAAGCAACAAGGAAGAAUUUCCUGGAUGGGAUAUGCUCUUGAAAGUUGGAUGUAAGCUUGGUGAAUGCAGAGUCAUAUUAUGCGAAGCAGGAGCUAAGCAUAGAUUGCAGAAGUUGCAGCUCAAUUUUCCAAGUGAUGAUGUGACAUUUGCACUGAAGGACAGCAGUGAGACACCAUGGUUGACCAAGUACUUGUGAUCUAGUGCUUGGAAGGAAAGAAUGAUCAAUUCGGCAUUCCUAGAACUAUUAUUGCUCCUCAUUUUACCUUUUCCCAUCCGAUUCCAGGUUGAGUUCUCUAGGCAAGGUAGUCAUGUUUUAAAACUCUUCUCUUCCCAACACCCACAUUGCAGUGAUGUUGUGACAUUUGCACUAAAGGACAGCAGCGAGUACCAUGGCUGACCAAGAAUGUGUGAUCUGGUGCUUGGAAGGAAAGAAUCAAUUUGGCAUUUCUGGAACUAUUUCACUUCUCAUUUUACCAUUUCCCAUCCGAUUCUGGGCAAGGUAGUCCUGCUUUUAAACAUCCCCAACCCCCCCACCACCGGAAAAAAAAACAUGAGAUUUUUUGUUUUUUUGGUAAAACCAGAAAGACAUUUAUGUAUGACAGUUUUAAUGACACCAUGAACAAUUUUGAAGAUCCUA